CAGAAAUAUUUUAUCUACAUACAACACUGUACAAAUCUGAAGGAGAAAUAAAAAUAGUUAUUCAAACUUAUUUCCUCAAUUUCCAGUCCAAAUAAGCAAAGUCAGGAUGAUUCUGAUGUUCAGAAUGAUACUCUUAUUCAAGAGGUUAUGCCCCAGCUUGAAACUACAGUCACCAAGGAAGUAAAGCAGAAAGAAAAAAGAAAAAAUGCAUCGCCAAAGAAGAGAACCAGUAGUGCUCAAUUGGUUCAAAUUGCAAAUGACUUGGAGCUGACUGAACUUCAAAAUUCAGUGGAGUUCAGUGAUUCAGCUGAGUCAUCCUAUGUGUCAGCAUUUCACAAGCCAGAGACACCAUCAAAAAGGAAAUGUGUUGGAUCAGCAAUAAGGGGAGGGCUGUUGGCAUUGGACCAUGACAGCAAAGAAAUCCAUGACAUGGACCAGUCCCCAGUUAAAGCCGACUGUUCUUGUGGCUGCAAAGCUGAAAUUGAAAGGCUAUCAGCUAAAUGCAAAACAUUUGAACAAGAGUUUACCGCCACCUGGUAUUGGAUAAACCUUAUGUACAAUCAGAUACAGCAAAAGCAGCUGCCCAACACUCCCAGCCAUAUGCAGCUUCUUCAAGGGUCUUCAGGGCAUGGGCAGCUACAGAUGCCAACAAUGGAAGAAGCUCCACAGCCAUUGACCCUCAUGACAACACCAGUUAAAACUCCUCAUGUCUUGUCAUCAGAAAUCAAAAAGACAACAGUACCUACAUAUGGUGGAUUUACAAAGUCCCAGUUAAUUGAAGAAAUAGCAGGGUUCGGGGUCGAAGAUUACCCAAAAGCAGCCAAGCGUCUCUUUCGACGCAUUUACAAGGAGGAAGAGUGGCAGGGCCAUACCCUCACUGGCACAAAAGCCAACAACAAAUACGAUGGUAGACCUGCCAUAGAAGAUCCGUCUAGAAUGAACAUAAUUUAUGAAAUCAUGCAGGAGCAGUACAGGGUCACCCCUGUGCAAGUGCGUGAGAAGAUCCGCGACCUGCUGAAACCCAGCAAAUUAAAAAAACAGUUUUAAAAAUUAUGCCCGUUUCUUCGAAGAGUAACUUUACACCAUGCCGAUAGAACAUUCGAUAUAAAUAUGUUUUGGGUUGAAAUUUCAUCUAAAAUAUUAUUUUUGAUAUUACAUUUAAAAAGUAAGGAGUAACCAUAUGUUUUUAUAAUUUUUUGGUAGAAUAAUUUUCAUUUACUCGUAUUGGUAUUAUCUAAAUAUUUUUUAACCCAACUGCAUUUGAUUGUUUUUGCAGCAUAAUUAAGUUUUCGUUGUUAAAUGAAUAGUAAAGUGAAUUAAUUAAAUGUGCUUUAAUAUCAUUCCAGAAUAUUUUAUAAAACUCGAUUGUGAUGCAAUCAGAUCCUGGACUUUUGUUAUUUUGCAUUUCUUUUAGUGCUAAUGCACAUUCAUAUUCAUUAAGUAAUCCAUCACACAAUAGUUUUUCCUCUUGAUUUAAAGCAUGAUGUGUAUUUUCAAAGAGGGUGUUAUUUUCAACA